UUCAAUCCAUGGUUGUUAGUGAGGCUGGGUCCACAUAUCGUGAUGAUCAUCGUGGACUAGCUACACUUGUGAGGGAAAAGAUUCUAAAUGACGAUUGGUGGGACAAGGUAGAUUACAUCCUUGAUUUCACUCGUCCCAUUUAUGACAUGAUAAGAGCAUGUGACACCGACAAAGCAUCACUUCAUCUAGUAUAUGAAAAAUGGGAUUCAAUGAUUUCAAAGGUGAAGGAGAUCAUAUAUAACCAUAAGCAUAAGCAAAUGCAUGAGUAUUCUUCUUUCUUUAGUGUGGUCGAAACAAUACUUCUUAGCCGUUGGAAGAAAAGCAACACUCCACUUCAUUGUUUGGCACAUUCUUUGAAUCCAAGGUAUUAUAGUGACACGUGGCUUAAAGAGGUCCCUGGUAGAGUUGCUCCACAUGUUGACAUUGAAAUUUCCACACAAAGAUUCAAUUGCUUUAGAAGAUUGUUUCAAGACUUGGAAGAUAGAAGAAAGGUUAAUAUGGAGUAUGCUAUUUUCUCGGCAAGAGAUGGUGGUGUAUUUACUGAACCAGAAUGCUUGAAUGAUAUGUACUUGAUGGCUCCAAAGCAUUGGUGGGCAACUUAUGGCUCACAAGUUCCGAUGCUUCAAGCAUUAGCAUUCAAGUUGUUAGGACAACCAUCAUCUUCCCUCUUGUUGUGAGAGGAAUUGGAGCACAUAUAAAUUCAUUCAUUCAUGUACUAGAAACAAACUUGCACCAAAACGUGCUCAAGAUUUGGUGUACAUUCAUAACAAUCUUCGUUUGCUUUCAAGGAGAGGUGAGGCUUAUAACAAGAGAAGAACAAGGUUGUGGGAUGUUGGAGGAGAUGACUUUGGAAAUUUAGAAGAUUCUAUUUGUCUUGGCAUGGCGGAUCUUUCUCUCGAUGAACCCGAGUUGGAAACAACUUUUGUA